AUGUCUCUCCAAGAUAAAAUCUUUGAUGACUUGACUAGCAGCAGCCUUAAUAACCUUUCCAAUUCAAAACGGUUCUUCAGCUGCUCAUGCCUCUUCGUCUUCUUCUUCCUACUCCUCCCAUAUCUACUCAUCGCCAUCUACCGCCGCUCUCGCCCAAGUUCUUCAUAUAACUAUUUUAAGUACAAUGGCAGAGAGCUCCCACCGGGCCCGCCUCCUCUCCCCAUCAUCGGAUCCCUCCACGAACUGUUCGGCCAAGUAAUCCACAUCUCCCUCCGCCGCCUCUCCAAAGAACAUGGCCCACUCAUGCACUUACAGCUCGGCCAAACCUCCGCCGUGGUCGCCUCUUCCUCAGAAGUUGCUUCCGAAAUCCUCAGAACACAAGACACCAUUUUCUGCAGCCGCCCACGUCUCUCCGCCGUCACACACUUCUCCUACGGCGGAUUAGACAUCGGCGCUUCUCCUUACGGCGAAAGCUGGAAGAAACUGAGAAGAUUCGGCAGCAACAAGAUGUUCAAUCCGGGAAAGGUGCAAUCUUUCAGCUUCAUUCGGGAGGAGGAAGUGGAGGUAAUGGUGGGAUCUAUAAAGAAAAGUUCGUUGCAGGGAAAGCUGAUAAAUUUGAGUGAAAUUGCGCUGUGUCUUUUUAAUAAUAUAACAUACAGAGAGGUUUUCAGCAAGCGCGUGUCGGCUGAUGGAGAGUGCUUGUUGAGUCCUCACCAUGGCCUUAUUAUGCGUAUGAUGACUUUGAUGACAGAGUUCAAUGUCAAAGAUUUUUUCCCUUUGUUUUGGUGGGUUGAUUUCUUAACUGGUUGGUGGUUUAAGGUUGAGAAGAGAUUUCGGGAGAUGGAUAGGCUUUUUGAGAAGGAGAUUGAGUAG